AUGCCUGGACUCUCUUUCGAUAACUACCAGAGAAACCAGUUUCUCAGCGCCAAAGGAUUCGGCACCCCAACCGCCACGUCCACAGGAACCACAAUUGUCGGCUGCAAAUUUGCGGGCGGCGUUGUCAUUGCUGCAGACACCCGUGCCACCGCCGGAAGCAUUGUUGCCGACAAGAACUGCGAGAAACUACACCGGUUGGCCCCCCGCAUCUGGUGUGCGGGCGCCGGCACUGCUGCGGACACGGAGAUGGUGACGCAGCUCAUUGCGCUGAACCUCGAGCUCCACUCCAUGUGGGAGUCGCGCCAGCCACGCGUGAUCACGGCGUUGACCUUGUUGAAACAGCAUCUUUUCAAGUACCAGGGCCACUUGGGCGCGUACCUUAUUGUGGCCGGCGUCGAUCCAACAGGAGCACACUUGAUGUCCGUGCAGGCGCACGGUUCCACCGACGUGGGCGAGUACCAGUCGCUUGGGUCCGGUUCGUUGGCGGCCAUGGCCGUGUUGGAAACACACUGGAAGCCUGACAUGACCCGUGACGAGGCGGUCAAGUUGUGUGCCGAUGCCAUCGAGGCCGGUAUCUGGAACGACUUGGGCUCUGGUUCCAACGUGGACGUGUGUGUGAUGGAGGUGGGCAAGGAUGCGCAGUUGCUCCGGAACUACUUGACGCCCAACGUCCGUAGCGCCAAGGCACGCUCGUACAAGUUCCCACGGGGCACCACGGCGGUUAUUCGCCAGUCUGUGCGGGAAUUUGUGGACGUGGAGGAGACGGUGGUGGACUUGCGUGGUCCCGAGGCGAUGGAGGUGGAUGCGUAG